AUAUAAAAUCUUGAGACCUGAUGAACAAAUUAGAAAUUUCUUCUAAACUUUUUGAGAACUUGGGAUCUCCGGCGACUGGCAAGGAACAUCCCUGGUGCAUGGCGAUUGCAGCCGCCAUGAGCAACGAUGGUGAGAAAGAUGUCGACGGCCACGAGCACGACCUCGUGAUGCCCGGCUUCCGCUUCCACCCCACCGAGGAGGAGCUCAUCGAAUUCUACCUUCGCCGCAAAGUAGAAGGCAAGCAUUUCAACGUCGAGCUCAUCACGUUUCUGGACCUCUACAGAUAUGACCCAUGGGAACUUCCAGAAUUGGCGGCAAUUGGUGAAAAGGAGUGGUUUUUCUAUGUUCCAAGAGAUAGGAAAUACCGGAAUGGUGAUAGGCCCAAUCGAGUAACAACCUCUGGGUACUGGAAGGCUACGGGAGCUGACAGGAUGAUAAGAAACGAGAGCUUAAGAUCCAUAGGGCUUAAGAAGACGCUGGUCUUCUACUCAGGGAAAGCUCCUAAGGGCAUAAGAACAACUUGGAUUAUGAAUGAGUACAGGUUACCGCAGAGCGAAACCGAUCGAUUUCAUAUG